AUGACGUACACUGACUGUCGCAUAGCGCGGGACGACGCGGCACUGACGUCACAGUUGGCGCGCGCGUGUUCCAAAGGCGUUUCGCCGACAUCGGGCAACACCAACCGAGCAACGAGCGGGGCCAACGGAGCGUGCAAUGCACCGCGCCACGGCAGCGCCUACGUCGCCGAUAGCGCGCCUUCGCUACAUCACGCCAUCUUCGCGGGCCAAUCGGGCGUUCUGACCCGAGCGGCGAGGCAUUGCGCGCCGACUCGUGACAGAGCGCGG